AUGGAUAUUUUGCAUGUACCAAAUGACUUAACUAUUGAGCAGAAUGCAAAGAAGCGUUCUUUGUCGAUUUUCCGACCGAUUCCAGAGAAUCGUACUUGUGCUCAGCACCGAGUUGGUGUGUCUGCGUUAUUACCUGAUCCGCUCAUUUCCUGUGUUCAGGCCGGAGUUGAGCCACACUGGUGCACUUGCUUGAAUUGGCAAUACGCUUUAAAUACACCUGAGGAGCGAGGUAUAGCAGAAAAAUUAGCUCAAGCUGUUGUGAUGGUCAUUAACAAUCAGUUAAAGGAUGUGUUUCAUUUAUGUGCGGAACUCACUAUGAAGGAAUUGAUGGAUGCGAAAAGACUUGUACCAAACGAAAGCUUACUGAAGUAUAAGGACGUAAAAGACAGGGAUGGUUUUGUGCCCGAUUUGAGCGGAAGUACAAAAACUUCAUUUGCCCAUUAUCAACUUACAUUUCGCACGAAGCCUGGUGAUUCCAUAUAUGAGGUAGCUUUUUAA